GGGCUGGACCCGGCCCCUUUACCAGUCUUCCGUUGCAGCUACCAUCACAAGCCUCAGGAGACUGUAGCAGCCAUAUACUCCAACAAUAGCCACACCUUUCUCCGACCACAACCAACCGCCCCCCUCCCGCCACCGGCGGCUACUCGGUGGACAAUAAUAUCUUUUUGUACUUAGCUGUAUAGCCCCCCACCUCCAGAGAAAAAUGCUUCUACUUCUGCAGCAGUUUCCAUCUUUACCUUCAUCUGGAGCUGCUUCAUUUCCUCCUCCGUUUCAAAAUGUUCAAAGUGCUUUCCUUUGCUUGAGAGAUUGUAAAAGGCCUCCGCUACCGGUUUUAAGCGCUUUCUCUUCAGGACCCAAGCUGCAGUUUAGCAAUGAAUGUCACCGUGUUAAUUGUUCAAGAAGAUCUGCCGCUGUCCUCUGCACUGGUAAAAGACCUCGUCAAGGCUCUAGGCCUAAAAAACGUGAGCGUGUACCUCAAAAUGUGGAUCUUCCAGCAGUAUUGCCUAAGAAAAAGAAGAAGCCAUAUCCAAUACCUUUAAAGAAUAUUCUACAGGCUGCCAGAGCCGAUAAGAAGCUUGCAGCUAUGGGAAUGGAGAAACCUCUUGAGCCUCCAAAAAAUGGACUGCUUGUGCCUGAUCUAAUUCCUGUUGCCUAUGAAGUACUGGAUGCUUGGAGAAUUUUGAUUAGAGGACUCACACAGAUCUUGCACACUGUUCCUAUCCAUGCUUUUGUUGAACUUUGCAUCCAAGCUGGCGUUGAUUUACCUGAAUUUCCUUCACGGAGGAGGACUCAACCUGUCCGGAUGAUUGGAAAAAAGGUGAUUGACAGAGGUGGAUUUGUUGAAGAGCCUGAACUUGAAAAGCAUGUAGAUAGAAAGUCACAAGUUAUCGACCUUGACACACAUAGGAGUCUUGAGCGCUUUCCUCCUCCAGACAUAUCGGAGGUACCUAAGAUUGCACAGGAGACUAUUAAUGCGUAUGAGAAGGUCAAAUGGGGCGUGAAUAGGUUGAUGAAGAAGUAUACCGUGAAGGCUUGUGGGUACUGUUCAGAGGUCCAUGUGGGGCCCUGGGGCCAUAAUGCCAAGCUCUGUGGUGAAUUUAAACAUCAGUGGAGGGAUGGAAAACAUGGUUGGCAGGAUGCCACGGUUGAUGAAGUGUUUCCCCCAAAUUAUGUGUGGCAUGUUCGAGAUCCAAAAGGGCCUCCUAUGAGGAGAGGGCUAAAGAGGUUCUAUGGCAAGGCACCAGCUGUAGUUGAGGUCUGUAUGCAAGCAGGAGCUCAAGUUCCUGAGAGAUACAAGCCAAUGAUGAGGCUUGACAUAGUAGUUCCUGAAAGUGAGGAGGCUCAAUUGGUUGCAUGAAAAGGUUUCUGUCCGCACAGGAUUAUGAUGUACAAUACUUGGUUUAUGUUUCUUUACUCCCGCUAAAAGCUCCUGCUAAGAAGUGGAUGCCUGUGAUUUUUAACUUAGAGCAGAGCAGAAGGGAUGUAAUUCCCUUCACUAAUAGGUCUAGUGCUGUGUAAUUCUGACAAACUCUCUCUCUCUCGGGGGUUUUGUGAGGGAGGUUGUGGUGGGGAGUUGUAGAGUUGAUGGCCCUAAAUUUACAUUGAAAUUAUUAUCAUUCAUACUUAUCACAUGUCAUUACUGUCACUAUUAAUAUGGUGGACAUGUAAUAUACUGGACAAGACGCUUGCUUUGUGAGCUUCUGAUAGUACUUCUUGCUGGACAGGUUCUUUGACUUAUAUAAAGUUCCAAUUCACUGUGUGUUGCUGUACCGUA